UUAUAGCUUAUGUACUAGCAGAGUGCGAUGUGUGCAUGUGUGUUGUCUUCGAGUAGGGGGAAGCAGAUAUAGUAACCUUUGCUUUUCGUCCCGUGUGUAGUGUAUAGUGCGUUCCAACGGCCAACCAGCAACCAGUCAGUCGCUAGCACGUACGACGCACGCGUCGAGAGCUUUUAUCGCAAAACACGCUCAAAAUUGAAACAAAAAAUAAUCGAGUUUUUAUCGCGAAAGUUCAUUAAGCGAAACAACAUUAUACUAAGUGGAUUAAUUAAACUAAUUGGUAUUUUAAGAAUUUAAAAUGUCGCCACCUAAUGGUGUGCCUCCGGAAACGGCCGAGAAUGGCUACAGUUUGGUGCCCGCCCAGGAGCAGGAGAUGAAUGGUACCGAUGUUGGGAAUGGCGAAUCAAAGGCGGCCGACGAGAUCGCCGCCGUCGUGGACGAGGUGGCCGAAGACGCCGAGGUGGUGGUACCGCCGGAUGGCGGCUGGGGCUGGGUGGUCGUCGCCGCUUCCUUCGCGUGUAACAUGGUAGUGGAUGGUAUUAUAUUCUCAUUCGGCAUGUUCAUUCCGAAAAUUGCCUCCACGUUCAACUCGUCCAGCGCCGAGAUCACUCUGGUCGGCUUAAUGUCUGGAUUUUAUCUGAUGACCGGCCCAUUCGCGAGCGCCUUGGCUAACCGGUACGGCUUCCGUUUGGUAGCAAUCCUUGGUAGCAUAUUGGGUGUAGCUGCAUUCGUGUUAUCCUACUUUUCUACCAGUGUCUCAUACUUAUAUCUUUCAUACGGUAUCCUAGGAGGUAUCGGUUUUGGAUUCAUCUACGUUCCGUCUGUGAUCACGGUUGGAUUCUACUUUGAAAAGUAUCGCGCCCUUGCGACUGGUAUCGGUGUAUGCGGGUCAGGAAUUGGUACCUUCUUAUUUGCUCCAAUUUGCACCGCUCUGAUUGAAGCCAUGGGAUGGCGUAAGGCCCUUUUGGUGCAAGGUGCUAUAGUGGGAACCUGUGCCUUCUACGGAUCUCUCUUCCGCCCGGUGAAACCCACGAAAGUGAAAGACCUUAAAAACGCUGAACGUAAAGAAUUGAUCAUGGACAGUGCAAAAUUACCUCCGCAGACACGUAUUAAGAUGGAGAAUGCACUGAAGCACAUUGCCAACAGUCACCAUUCUCUUCACCACAGCCAAACCACUAUUAAUAAGAUCUUAGGUGCUAACAACAACGCGGAUUAUCCUACUGUAGCGGAUGUGUAUCACACAAUCACCGUACCCCAAACCGGAAAUACCGCACCACCAGUAGUGAUGGAGAAACGUUUAAGUGUGCCAUUCUUGAAAGACUCUGACAAACCUUUGCUUCAGAGCAAGGGUUCUACGCCUGUUAUUGUUCCCAGCCGCCGACCUUCUUAUCACCGAACCAGGACCAACUCUGAAGUUGGAGGACAUUCUAGGUCUCGCCGCGGGACACUCACAGACGUCAAUCGACCCAUGUACAGAGAUGAUAUUUUCUUUGGUGCUUCCCUUACGCGUCUUCCUCAGUACCAAUCACAAACUUCGUUGAAGUACCAUCUAUCUGUAACACGUCUUCCUACUAAGACUGAUAUUGAAGAAGAGGUUGAAGAAAACCGUCAGUGCACACUUUGCCCUGAAGCUGUCCGUCGUACCCUUGCAACCAUGUUGGAUGUGAGUCUGUUGAAAUCACCAUCCUUUAUUCUUCUUGCCCUCAGCGGGUUCUUCACCAUGAUGGGUUUCUACGUACCAUUCAUGUACAUUGCUGAUCGCGCUAGUACCAUCUACGGUUGGAAUGAAGACGUAGCAACAUAUCUUCUCUCAGCGAUUGGUAUCACCAAUACAGUUGGUAGGAUUCUUUGCGGGUCGUUGAGUUUCUUCCCCAAAAUAUCCACUCUCAUGGUGAACAAUAUCGCUAUAUCUAUUGGAGGCAUUGCGACAAUCAUGAGCGGAUUCUCCUCGUCGCAGGAAUACCAGUUCUUCUACUCCUGCAUUUUUGGUCUUGCAAUUUCCUGCUUUGCGUCGCUGAGGUCAAUUCUGGUCGUCGAACUUCUCGGUUUAGAGAAGCUAACGAAUGCGUUUGGACUGCUGCUGUUGUUCCAGGGAAUGGCAGCCGCCGUCGGAGCGCCCAUUUCGGGGGCGUUCAAAGAUGCUACUGGUAGUUAUGACGCUUCAUUCUACCUCUCCGGCAGCUUGAUUCUCUUCUCGGCUAUGCUCACGUAUCCACUCAACUGGAUCAACCGCUGGGAGAAGAGGCGCGCCGACCCCAAUGCUAAUAAAUCAGUGCCGAUCUAAGCAGAAUUGCAUGCGUUUGUAAUGUUGUUAAACGAACUCAUUAUGUUCCUAAGUGAUUUCUAAGAGUCAGUCGGACGAAACCAGUAAGUACUUUACUGUCACGCGCGACGUACAAGUGGAGGGAGCGUAGCAGGUGCAACCUCUACAAAACGGAGGCCAAUCUUUCAAGACUGAUGUUGUAUAUAUUAUAUUUGUAAUUAUAGUUAGGGCCGUGACUUGUGAGUGUUUACUUAUCGCACAAAUUCAUCUAAAAUUGUUGUUUGAUAUUAUUUAUUUGAUAAUGAUCUAUUGAUGUAAUGCUAAGAAGUUUAAAUUAUUGUUUGUAAGAUAUGUACAUAGGGGUUGCUUCUAACCGGUACGUGAGACCAAAUUUAGUUUUUUGAAUGACAUUCCAAGCGGGGAUAAUAAAAUUUUACUAAACACGAGCAAUAAUGAGUUGACGGCGUUCUAGUUAGUCUACGAAUGAUGAGAUUUUUAACGAUAUUAUUCAUUUUACUCUGUUAUCAAAUAAUCAAAUAAACUGAAGGUAUGCA